AUGCCUCGAAAACUGGUGACAGUCCGCCACGUCUCGGCCAUAACGCCCAUCCCAGGCGCCAACCGCAUCGAAACAGCCACCGUCGAUGGCUGGACAUGUGUCGUCUCUACCAACAUCUUCAAGCCGGGCGACCGCGGCGUCUACUUUGAGAUUGAUUCUCUUCUUCCGGCCUCAGAUCCGCGAUUCGCCUCCUUGGCUCCGAAGAUCGUCGGUGUCAACGGCCCCACUCAUACACCGGACGUCCGAGUCCGGACUGUCAAGAUUCGGGGCGUGUUAUCGCAGGGUCUUCUCAUGUCAUUGGAUAACUUUCCUGAGAUCGUUUCGCGGUUAGACGGUGUCCCCGCUGAUAAGCUCCGAGACAUUGGGUUCGAGGAUGUUCUCAACGUGCGCAAGUAUGAAGGACCGGCCAUGCCACAAGAUUCAAACCUCAGCACGCCUCUACCCGACUUCCCAGAGUUUAUCCCACGGACAGAGCAAGAGCGUGUACAGAACCUCCCAGAUGUCUUCACCGCUCAUGGGUCAGAAGUAUUCCAGGAGUCGACCAAAAUGGACGGGUCGUCUAUGACAGUAUUCUACCUCGACAAAUCCAGCCCUCUGUUUCAAACACUACCUGAGGAGCUAAGAGACGUCGGCGUGGGAGUAUGUUCACGAAAUCGCAUCCAGAUAGAGAACCAUCCACGAAGCCAGCCUCUUUUCUAUGCCACUGCGCGAGCGCUGGGACUUCACGAAACAUUAGCCAAAAUUGGUCGCAACGUAGCUAUCCAGGGCGAGCUAUGCGGAUCAAGCAUUCAAAGCAACUUUGAGGGGUUUGCGAAAGGGGCGCAUUCUUUCUUCCUCUUUGCAGUAUAUGAUAUUGACGAGCAACGAUACCUACCACCGAAGGAAGUGCAUGAAACGUGGGCACCAUUGCUGGGUGUUCAGCAUGUACCCGUUCAUGGAUAUAAAGCGCUGAAUGAAGUUGGGACUACAGUGGCGAAUCUCGUAGCCCGUGCUGAAGGCAAGGGUGUCAACGGACGAAAGAGAGAGGGUAUCGUGUUCAAGCGUGUCGAUGGGUUGUUCAGCUUUAAAGCGAUAUCAAACUCGUAUCUGCUAAAACAUGGAGAGUAG